AUGUCGUCGUCCCCUCAGGUACCGACCACCAAUCUCAAGAUUGAGGGGCGUCAAAACCGAGAUGGGACCAGCAGCGGCACAACAGAUGCAACCCCAGAUCUGGCAAAUCUGACGAUCCGCACGCCAGGACGGCUCGCUGCCCGUGCCACCAGCGUCCCUCAGCGCACGCCGACGACCCAGACUACCAGGACCGGCGCCGGCCCAACCAGCUCCGGCGGUGCCCCUCGGACCGCCAAUGGCCUCUCGGCAUCCGCCCGCCGCCUGCGUGCCACGUCUGUCACCAACACGGCAACGCCCCAUGCCCGCCGGGCAAUUGAGGUGUUCAAGGGCCGCCGGACCGCCAUUUUCAACACGCCCGGCGGCCGUCGCAAGACCCUGGGCGCCAACAAGCGACGCGCGUCCCAGGGCGGCCCGGACCCGCAAAAGGACGGCCCUUUCGAUGCACUGCGCCACCUAAGCAGGCGCCUGGCGCCUCAGACUCAACGCGUCGUCACAUCUUCCAGCCCGGGGGACGUCAGUAGUGUCGCCGGCGGGGCAGAAUCCUCUCGCCGCGCGCGGGACCCGUCUGGAAUCUUCAUCGACGAGGACGACGAAGAUGACGUUUCUGGGUUUAUCGAGCGUAGACCCCGCCUGUCGCUGCCUAUCGAUGCCGGAGAUGACGACGAGGCUGAGCUGAGGCCACCGAGGACUUCGGGCUUGGAAAACAUAGCUGAUGACACUGUCAUGUCCAUUGAAGCCCCGCGCCGUGCCAUCAGCGAGCAGCCGUAUAGGAGGGCCGGUCGAGAUAGUCUACGGAUGAGCGAUUAUUUCGCAAACGGUCAGGACGAUUUUACGGUUGAGGUCGGGCAGGAUUUUGAAGAUCCAAUACCGCCCGCUUUUGACGCAGACGGCGACACCGUCAGACUAGAAGACGAUACAUACGAGAGACUUGACUCGCCGCUGGGCCGGCAGGAAGCUUUGGCCGCCGGUCGUCAGAGCGACUUUGGCACAAUCGAAGUUCCUUUGGGCGUUGAUAGCCCUUUUAGACUCGAGCCGGUUCUGCAAGAUUCCUCUGAUCCAGCACCGCUGCCACCACCGGACUUUGAUGAUUAUGGUGACGGCUCUCCAGCACCGCAAAUGAACGGAGACGAAGAUGCUAUGGAAUAUGAGAAUGUCUUUGCCGCGGCUGCAGACGCAGCUGGACCUGGAUUUGGGGCGGUCGGUGAUAUUGAUGAUUUUGAAGACGUAGACGACGAAACCGAAAUGGCCGAUGACCAGCCAGAUGACCAAGUCGUUACUAAAUCUCAAUCAAGGACAGGCAAGAAAAAACCUGGAUUGAAAAUAUCCAAGUAUGGACACCAAUGUCCCUCAUUGCCCGCUCCGGUUGUGAAGAGGCUGGCAGAGACCAUGGCUCGUACGAGCGGCAUUGGAAAUACGAAAAUCACUCCAGAGACGCUUCAGGCUUUGAUGCAAUCAACGGAGUGGUUCUUUGAGCAGAUGGGCGACGACUUGCGGGCCCUGGCUCACCAUGCUGGCCGGAAGACCAUUGAACAAAGCGACGUGAUCACUUUGAUGAAGAGGCAGAGACAGAUCGAUCCGCAGACUACCUUGUUCUCGCUCGCUCAGAGACAUCUGCCAAGGGAACUGCUGCAAGAGCUGCGGAUGCCGGCUCGGGCGCCUCUAAAGAAGCGCCGUAAAGCCGCUGGGCAUACCACAUCUUUUGAUGAGACAUGA